UUAUCAACCCCGUCCCCUGUCUCGACAAAAAAAAAAAACCCUCGCCCCCCCUUCUUCCCUUGUUCCUUCUCUCUUCUACAACGAUCUCAAGAUCGAUCAAGGACCGCGUGACCUCCAGGGAGCGGGCCGCAGGCGCAGUCACCGUCUUCGGCCACCACGAGCCUAGUAGAUCGCCGCGUGGUCGAAACCCUAGCCUGUGGGAUCUAUCCGCAGCCACCUUCAGGAUAGAUAUCCAAACAACCUGCACCCAAAACAUGUGAAAGAUCAUCGAGAACUUUUCAGGGUAACACUGGUGCAGCCUGGAAGAAAUGGACCCAGGGCGUUAUGUUCUGCAACAAGGAUGGGAUUCUAAUAGUGCAUUGGAGGGGUACGGUGCAGUCCAUGAGCCAGAUUUAAGGGCUGGUGGAUCAUAUGGUGGUAGAAGGUUUCUGGAUGAGGGUUACUCUAGAGACUCUGUUUAUGCAAGGGGUGCAUUCCGUCGGGAUAUACUUGAAAGGGAUGUCUAUCCACCGCCAGCAUCUGUUGGUGGCAUCUGGCCUCAGCCUAGAAGAAGUUUUGAAGAAGAAUAUGCACUCAUCAGAGACUCUAGAAGACAUGUUGAAUCAUUUCAUGAGAUGGAUGGUUAUCGUGACACAGAGAAGUAUCAUGAAAUUGAUUCAUUUCACGAAGUUGAUAAAUUUCGUGAUAAUUACCGUAAUGUUGACAGGUAUCAUGACACUGAUGGUUACCGCAGUUAUGGAUUUGAUAGGCAUGCGAGGUUGAGUGGUCGAGAUCAUGAUGAGAUUGGCAGUGACUAUGAAUUCCGCCAUCGUUCAUCUCAUCGGAGCAGGGAAAACAGUCGUGAGAGAGAUUAUGAUUAUGGCCGAUACAAUUACGAUUCUGACCAUGAGAAAAAGAGGGAUGGUAGUUGGAGAAGACGUGAAUCCCGUGAUCGUGAACGUGAAAAGAGGGGUAUGAGCCGUGAAAGAGAUCAAAGUCCAUACAGACGUCAUGAUCGCUCCCGAUCCCAUGGCCAUGAUGAUCAUUCCAGAUCGCGAUCUCCUCGAAGUAGAAGUCAUGGCCGAAGUCAUAGGGAGGACAGUUAUGAUGAUAGUCGAUAUGAGAGGGGUGAGAGACGGAGGGAUCAUGACCGUGAUGACAAAAGACACAAUGACUCUUCAGUGGCCCCAUCUGCCACUGUUGUUGUGAAAGGUUUAUCACAGAAGACGACUGAAGAAAAUCUGUAUCAAAUUCUUGCUGAGUGGGGACCCCUUCGUCAUGUACGUGUGAUUAAAGAGAGAAAUUCUGGCAUUUCUCGUGGAUUUGCUUUUAUUGACUUUCCGACUGUGGAGGCUGCACGCAGCAUGAUGGACGGUAUUGGAGAGAAUGGCCUUGUAAUCGAUGGAAGAAAGCUGUUUUUUGAAUACAGUAAGCCAACUGGUGGGGCAGGUGCACCUUCUUUUGGACAAGAAAGCAUGGUAAAGUCAAGCCAUGGGUACAAUAGAAUCGCGGCACCAUGUGACUGGAUAUGUACCAUAUGUGGCUGUGUAAAUUUUGCACGCCGGACAUCCUGUUUUCAGUGCAAUGAGGCCCGGACAGAGGAUGCUCCUCCAGCAGACAAUGCAACUUUCAAUCCAAUACCACCAGGGAAAAGGGGAUCAGAGGCUGGCCCUACUCAUGUUUUGGUUGUCCGUGGGUUGGAUGAAAAUGCUGAUGAGGAAAUGCUUCGGUAUGAAUUCUCCAAGCAUGCUCCAAUCAAGGAUCUUCGCCUUGUUAGAGAUAAAUUCACCCAUGUGUCUAGAGGAUUUGCUUUUCUGCAUUUCCAUUCGGUGGAGGAUGCUACAAAAGCUCUCGAAGCAACAAAUGGGAUAACACUUGAGAGAAAUGGCCAAGUAUUACGAGUAGCAUAUGCAAAAAGCACACAUGGGCCUGCAUCUGGGGCUCCACAGUCGAGCAGUCUUGCAGCAGCUGCAAUUGAAGCAGCAACAUUUGCGCAGCAGUAUGAUGCUGCUGGUUGGGCACCCAAGGAGUACAAUCCUGAUGAGAAACAAUCUACUAGUGGGCUGGAGCAAAAUACAAAUGCAGAUGCCCAGAAAGGUGGUUCAGCUCCACAAUCUGGGUUCGUGUGGGAUGAGAAAUCUGGAUAUUAUUAUGAUGCUGCCUCUGGCUUCUAUUAUGAUGGAAAUACAGGCCUUUAUUACGAUGGUAACAAUGGCAUUUGGUAUUCUUAUGAUCAUCAAAAUCAGCAAUAUGUCCCUUGUAGUGACCAGGGCAAUAAUAAGGCAUCCGGAGAGUCAGCAAAUGAACGUUCAAAAGCAUCAGAUGGAACUAAUAACAGAAAAGUAGUGAUAUCUGCUCCUGCAGCUACAGUAAAAUUGAAUGAGAAAACCUCACUGCCUGAUGCUGUCCAGGCUGCUGCUACAGCAGCAUUAGCUGCAGAAAAAAGAAAAGAAAAAUUAAAAGAGAUAAAGUUGGCAUCAAAAAGUAGCCUUCUGGCUAGUAAGAAGAAAAUGAAUAAUGUGCUGGCAAUGUGGAAGCAAAGAAGUCAUGAGGGGCAGGCUGCUCGUGUUGUUCUUGAUGACAAGGAUUCGUCCAGCUUAACUGACGAUAAACAGAGCACUUCCUACAGUGGCUCUGCAGGCAUCUCUGUGAAAAAUAAAUCAAAAUCUGAUUUUAUGACUGUGAAGGAGAUGACCGGCAGCUCUAACCAUGCUAAAGCAAUUGGCCCUGGGGCUACUCAAUCCAUCUCUGCUCAAACAGUGGAUAUGGAUUCUCAGGUUAAGCCGAUGCCUGUAAGUAAUAGUUUAGGAGGAACUGUUAUGGGUGUCAUCAGAAGUUCUGGGAGAGGGGUGAUAAAGUCAGAUACAACAUUUUCUGGAUCAUCUAUUGUGGGUACUGCUGCUGCUUCAACUGCUAUUGCAAGCACUACUGGAACGUCCUUAAUGAAUGUUGAAGCACCUGCUUCUGUUACACCCUUCAAAACAGAUGCGUCAGCACUAGGUUCAUAUGGGUCAACUACAGCUGCUGGUACAGGCAAGCGUAGGUUUUCUGAGACACCAAUUCAAGCAUCUCGCAGAGAACAAUCUCAGACAGCAUAUAGAGACCGGGCAGCAGAGAGAAGAAGCCUGUAUGGAUCAUCUUCUAUUGGGGAUGACAUGUCAGGCAUUGGGGUUGGGGAUUCAGACUCUGACCAUUCAUAUCGGAAGGGAUCUUCAUCCAACAUGGGCGCAAUGCCCUUCCCCCCGGGAGUUGGUGGUGGGUGGGCCACUGGGGACACACCUAGCAACACCGAAAAUUUUGAGGUGAUCACCACUGAUCGGGCCAUUGAUGAAAAGAAUGUGGGUAACAGGAUGCUGCGAAGUAUGGGCUGGCAAGAAGGACUGGGACUUGGUAAGGAUGGUAGCGGUAUAAAGGAACCUGUGCAAGCAAAAGUUGUGGAUGAUAGGUCUGGGCUUGGAAGUCAGCAGAAAAAAAUAGACCCCUCUUUGGAGGCACAGGCAGGAGAUAGUUAUCGAACCAUCAUCCAGAAGAAGGCGAUUGCAAGGUUUCGCGAGAUAGCUUAGGGGAAAAGAGAAGAAUUCGGAUUCUGUGCUUUCUAUAUCAAAAGUUGUACUCUUUGGCACUUUUAUCUAAUUCAUGUCUUCUUUGUGCGUAUAUAUUAUUUAUAGCAUACCAUGCAUAAUUAAUUAA